UUAUGAUUUCAAGAGACGAAAACCUUCAGAUGUUGACAAAAGAGUUGAACAAAACGUUAUCUCUUCCAAACAAAACCCUAGCUGUUCCAAAAGGUGGAUUCACGAUGGAGUUCAUAAUUGAACCAAAUUUGCAGAAAUAAAAGAUAUCAAGACGGAGAUAUGAAUGUUUUAUUCUAAUUAUCAUAAGCCGGUAGUAUUGAGAUAUAUGUAUUUAACAAAUACUUGGCUGAAGUUAUUCGGAGUUUAUAUCCUCGGCAGAAUAAUAUAAGGGGUGCGAUAUAUAUGUUAUACCUGCCGAAGGGAAACAUUGGCGAAUUCUUUAUUAAACGGCAAUAGUAAGAAAAUCUAUAUUUGGCGAUUUGAUUGCAUUAGUGGAUAUAAUUAUGGGGUCGGGCUUUUCAAUGGUCAAAUGAUUUAAAUAAUUUUUGAGCUUCAAACAUUUCAGUGAAGUUGUGGCAAUAUAGAAGUAUCGCAGGUAUUGAAUAAGGGCCAAUAUAUAUUCCUGGGCACCGCAAAUAUUGUUAGGUCGUCUCAUUCUUCCACGGGCGGUGGAGAUUGAUCUCCUAUCAGCGAUAGCCAUUGCCGUGUCUUCGACAGGCAAGGCGAACAGAGCGGACGAGUCACAGAGUUGCUAACAAGAGCCAAGACAGGGGCCAAAACUCACAACGCACAUAUAGCUGGACAUCGAGUAAUAUUUGGUGCAACUCAUUUCCGGUAGUUCUCAAAGCCUCUACCUUUGGUGCGUCAUUUGUUGCACUGCACGUGAGGGUUGAAUGUUAGUGCUCGUAUAUUCUGGGAACAUCGUGGGCUCUUUCCUGAAGCAUGGUCGCACUGGGUGAAAAUAUAUUCCUGUACAACCUUCUAUGUCAUAAUUAAUUGCUGCUGUCACUGGAGGAAGUAUCAUUCUGUGCAUCGUAAAAGAAGAUUGUAGCUGUCAUAUAUAUCUGCGGUGUACACACAGGCUAACCUCUGCGAUUCAAUAGCCAGCGACUUUCAACGCUGGGUAUUGAGCAAGUCCAUAUCGAUUGUAAUCUGAGCUCUCUUUCAAUCUGGUGCAAUCUAAAGGUUCUUAAUGUUUAAGAUUACUGUUGUCAUGAAGGUUUGCGCCUGGUGCCAAGUUCUUAAAACUCUGCAAUCCCGUGCAACAUGGGAUCACUCCUAGGCCUGUGGGUUGCCUAAAAUUAGAGUGAACCUCUAGAUUAGGGGCUGGAUCCCCUUUUGAAAACCUCCUAAAAAUAUCAAUUGCUUGGAAAAAGGAUAGAGAAAUUGCUUAAACUGAAAACUACGACUACCAAGAGGUUUACAAUCAUGUCUUCACUAAGAAAUGCAGUAAAGCGGCGGACUCAUAAGGAACGUGCGCAGCCGGCUGCAAGGAGCAAACUUGGAUUGCUAGAAAAACACAAGGACUAUGUAGUCAGGGCUCGUGAUUUCCAUAAGAAAGAGGAAGCUAUCCGGAUUCUUCAAGAGAAAGCAGCAUCGAGAAACCCUGAUGAAUUUUAUUUUAAGAUGAUCAAUACUAAGAUUGUUGAUGGAGUCCACCGUCCACAGAGUCUUGCAAAAAAGUAUUCAGCGGAGGAAAUGUUAUUGAUGAAGACUCAGGACAUUGGGUAUGUUCUUCAAAAAGUACAAAGUGAAAAGAAGAAAGUUGAACGGCUUUCCUCUGUUCUGCAUCGCAUUGAUAAUCCUCCUUCAAACAAGCACAUUUAUUUUGCUGACGACAGGGAGGAGGCAAAGGAACUUGAACAAGUUAUUCAUUCUUCAGAAGAAAAGGCUGUUCCAUCAUCUAAGUUGCCAAGGCGCAUUAGAAAAAAAACUGCUAAAGCAUACAAAGAGCUUGAGGAACGAAAGAAGAGAAUAAAUGAGAUGCAAAAUGUGGUUAUGGACAUGAAUUUGCGUAAGGAAUUGAUGGGGAAGGGUAGGAAAAGGAAACUCCGUGAAGAUGAGGUUGUUUCCCCAACGUCUGCACCAGUUUACAAAUGGCGCAAAGAACGUAAAAGGUGAUAUGUUCAUGGUGUAUCUGUAUUCUGUACAGCUGUAGUAGGUUAUUGAGUAGUUGAAAUACAUUAUGAAAAAUCCAUUUUUGAGAACUUGGAUGAUAUCCAAAUAGAUUUGUACUAUGCACAUGUUUGGCAAAGUUAAAAACAUGAACUUGAAUACUCAUAAAAUCAUACUGUUGAGGAUUUAUGUAUUGGAAUUCUCUUAUGUACUUCUUAAAUUUUGUAUGCAUAGAUUGGGAUAUGCUAGAAAGCAUUUCUCAGUUGAUUUAAAUAUGUUCUACGACAAUCUCUAGAUCAUGCCAAUGAAGAAAUCUAGUUCCUAAUU